CAUAGGUCUCCCCUAGAGAUUACUAAGCCUUUCCGUAUCAUUCCGAGCUCCAUAGUUGCCGGAGAUCUCUCUCUCUCUCUCUGACUCUCACUCUUUCUUUUGUUAUUUCUUUGAUCUUUAAUGGUUUUAUUCAUAAUCUCAGCAGCUUAAUGUCGGCCAAACUAAGCUUAAUUCUUUGUCUGAUUACCGUCACACCAUUUUCUUGUGACUGUAGAACUCUCUCAGGGAAACAUGAGCAUAACUCAUCAUCCCUCUACGGCUUUAGCUUCCAAGAUUCUAUGCACGUUUCUUCUUCCACAAGCAACGAUUGUGGCUUCUCCUCCACUGAACAUGAUCCUGCCAAGGAUCAUCCCAAAGAAUCCAUGAAGUUUCAGCUACGGCGCCGGGAGAUUAAACAAGAAUCAAAGAGAACAACACAUUCAGUGGUUGAUCUCCAAAUCCAAGACCUCACAAGAAUCCAGACGCUUCACGCAAGAGCUAAGAAAGCCAAGAACCAGACUCACAAGAAGGAGGAGAAGAAGAUUACCUCGGUUAUUGCUCCAGAGGCUUCACCAGGGCAGCUGGUGGCAACACUUGAGUCCGGUAUGACGCUUGGUUCUGGUGAAUACUUCAUGGACGUGCUUGUGGGGACACCACCAAAACACUUCUCAUUGAUUCUUGACACAGGGAGUGACCUAAACUGGCUCCAGUGCCUUCCUUGCUACGACUGUUUCCACCAACACGGUCCAUUUUAUGACCCGGAAACGUCUUCAUCAUUCAAGAACAUAACAUGCAAAGACCCUAGAUGCAGCCUCAUCUCAUCACCUGAACCUUCAGUGCCGUGUGAAUCAAGUAACCAAUCCUGCCCUUACUUUUACUGGUAUGGAGACAGAUCAAACACAACUGGAGACUUCGCGGUUGAGACAUUCACAGUUAACCUCACGAAUGCUAAAGGAGGAAGCUCAGAGUACAAGGUGGAAGACAUGAUGUUUGGGUGUGGACAUUGGAACAGAGGUCUCUUCAACGGUGCUUCAGGUCUUCUAGGGUUAGGAAGAGGACCUCUUUCGUUUUCUUCUCAGCUUCAGUCUCUCUACGGUCACUCCUUUUCUUACUGCCUUGUAGACAGAAACAGCGACACUAACGUGAGCAGCAAGUUAAUCUUCGGAGAAGACAAGGGUUUGCUAAACAACCCUAAUCUGAACUUCACAUCUUUCGUGCACAACAAGGAAACUUCCGUUGAGACGUUUUACUAUCUACAAAUCAAAUCCAUCCUAGUCAAUGGCCAAGCUCUGGACAUACCUCAAGAAACAUGGAACAUCUCAUCAGAUGGAGCUGGUGGAACCAUCAUUGAUUCGGGUACAACCUUAAGCUACUUCGCCGAACCAGCAUACAAGGUCAUCAAGAACAAGAUUACAGAGAAAGUGAAAGAGAAGUACCAUGUGUUUGAAGACUUCCCGAUCCUAGACCCUUGCUUCAACGUGUCUGGUGUGGAGGAGAGCAACAUGGAGCUGCCUGAGCUCGGGAUUGCUUUCGCAGAUGGAGCAGUUUGGAACUUCCCUGCAGAGAAUGUCUUCAUUUGGUUGAGUGAGGAAGUGGUUUGCUUGGCGAUACUAGGAACUCCUGAAUCUUCCAUGUCGAUCAUCGGUAACUACCAGCAACAGAAUUUUCAUAUACUAUAUGAUACAAAGAGGUCUAGGUUAGGUUUUGCACCCACAAAAUGUGCAGAUAUAUAAACCUAAGUUCUUGUGGAUUGAUUUAAUACACAUAAAGAAACUGUACACAAAGGUAACAUAUGAAGAUCCUAUUGUAUUUCAUUCAUAGUCAAAUAACAAAGUAACACAUUGAAGUAGAACCAGGACUUUAUUUUCA